AUGACCACCGCAUCGAUUAACGACAACGUGGCCGAGAUCCGAAAAUUAAACCAAUACGUCGGAGCCUUCGUAGCAUCCCUCGGCGGUUUUGCGCUCGGCAUCUCGCUAGGUUGGAAUUCCAAGGCCAGCAUAGUGCUGAGGAAUUACGUCGAUGCCACUGCGACUGAAAUCGGGCUGAUCGGGGGCAUUUUAAACGGUGGCAUUUGCAUAGGGGCGAUCCUGAUACCGUUCAUUGUAGGACGAAUAUCCAGAACGAACAUCUUGUUCUGGACGAUGCCUGUUCUCAUCCUUACGUGGACCUUGAUGAUCAGCAAUCGUCGUCAGAAGGUAUUGUUAUUCCUGAUUGGAAGAUUGAUCUGCGGCAUCUGUGGCGGUGUAUCUUGCGUUUUGACGCCAAUUUACGUGGCUGAGAUAGCGAGCAAAGAAAUCCGUGGACGUUUGCUCGCCUUUUUUCAACUGCUAGUCAACUGUGGCGUGAUGUACGCUUUCUACGUGGCUCAUGCAAUCGACGAACAAAAAUCUGUAUGGAGGUACAGCGCAAUUUGUGGCCUCGCGUGUCUCUCGAUCGCCCCGACAAAAUUAUUACCCGAGAGUCCGCUCUACUAUUUGACGAGGAACGACGAGAUCGGUGCAGAAAAAUCCUUGAGAUGGUAUCGCGGCGACACUUACGAUGUCCAGCACGAAAUCAACGAAACGAAGCGUCUCGUUCUCGCUCAUUCGAAAAAGUUCAGCCUACGAUUGUUAAAAAAUCGUCGAAUACUGCGGUCAAUGGCGACGUGUUUCGGAAUAAUCUUGGGCCAACAUUUGUGCGGCGUCAACAUGAUGAUUUUCUACGCCCUGAUGCUCUUCGAAACCACUGGUUCCGGUGAACUGACCGGAAGCGAACAGACGCUGGUCGUCGGCGCCGUUCAAAUAUUAGUAUGUCUCUUGGCCGCGUUCCUGGUCGACGUACUUGGACGUCGAAUUCUCCUCACCGUCUCUUCCCUUUUCAUGGGAUUGUUCCUCAUAUUGCUAGGUUGGUUCUUCAGUUUACGCGACAGCGACCCCGAAUACGACGACAUCUACUUCUGGAUGUCGCCCACUUGGAUCACUCUGAUCUUCGCCGCGUUCAACCUAGGUCUCGGGCCAAUUUCCUGGUCUUUGUUAGGGGACACGCUUCCGGAAGAGCUGAAGACCUCGGUCGUCUCGAUGGCGGUCGCGUUCGGAUGGCUGAUCUCGAUGAUGGGCACCCUGACUUUCGACGAGAUGAUCAUUUCCCUGGGCAGCACUAAAGUUAUGUGGCUCUCCGCGGCCAUAUGCUGGCUGAUCGCUUUAUUCUGCGCCAUCGUGGUCAAAGACAACACCGGGAAAAGUUUGAUCGAGAUACAAGACGAAUUUCGCAUCGAGUCUAACGCAGGGUUAGAGGAGACCUGAUCCUUAUUCUCGAACAGCGAUGUAGAGAGAUCUAUUUCAAUGUGAAUUUUGUAUUUUGAAGCUUGGA